AUGUUCUGGCGCUUUGGCGGCUAUGCCAACAUAUCCACCCUCGACAGCAUCCUCGACAAGGAAGGCGUCACCGUCGAGGAGCUUCUGGACGAGAGCGAUCUCAUCCAGGAGCUGAAGCAACAGAAUAGCAAGCUCGUUGAGUUCCUGCGUGACGAUGCCGUACUGCACAAACUGCUCAAGUAUGUCGUCGCAAAUGAACCACCAGAGGCAGAGACUCCCGAGGGCACUCCAGAAAAGGACAGCGAAGUGAAGACGCCGAAUGAGAGGUCAGAAGAAGCUCCAAAGUCCCCGGGCAUCUCGUUCUUCGGUAAAGGCAAGGCUCGCGGGCGGUCGCUGUCGGUGAAGAAGAACGACGAUGGUGAGACAGAGCAGGAGAAGCGGGAAGCGCAGCGGAAGAAGUAUGCCUAUGUGGCAUGCGAAGUCCUCUCCUCCGAGGUCUGGAGCAUUACUGAGGCUUUGCUGGAGCAGCGCGACCAUCUGCAGGAGUUUUGGCAGUACAUACGACGGCCCGCGCCUCUGGAUCCCCUGCAGGCUGGCUACUUUACAAAGGUCAACGAGGCGCUACUGGACAAGAAGACUGAAGACAUGCUGGCGUUCUUCAAGUCUCUCGAUGGCAUCGUGCCUGCCAUGCUGCAGCACGUUGAUUGCCCGAUGGUCAUGGACCUCUUGCUCAAGAUCAUAUCCCUAGAGAAGCACGAGGGUGGUCAAGGCAUCGUCGAUUGGCUGCAGACCCAAGGCUUGAUUCCGCUACUGCUCGACUACCUUUCGUCGAGUCACUCGUCAGCCACACAAACUUCAGCCGGGGAUUUUCUGAAGGCGAUCAUCACAAUCUCUGCGAACGCAACCACCCAAGAUCAGUCAGUUAUAGGUCCCAAUGAACUCACGCGAGAGCUCGUCUCGGAGCAAUGCAUCAAGUCUCUGAUCGACGAGAUGUUGAAGGGCGGCAACCCUUUAACAGUAGGAGUUGGCAUCAUCAUCGAGGUCAUCCGCAAGAACAACUCCGACUACGAUCUUGACAACCACGUUGGACCCGAACCAAAGACAUCCGAUCCAAUCUACCUGGGCGCGCUGCUUCGAAUAUUCGCAGAGAACGUUCCAAACUUCAUGCACCUGGUACGCGCACCAUCUUCUAAAAAGAAGGAUCUGAAGGUAGCAUUUGGCCGGAGUAUUGAGCCUUUGGGCUUUGAUCGCUUCAAGACUUGCGAACUCAUGGCAGAGUUGCUGCACUGCAGUAACAUGGGACUUUUGAACGAACGUGGCGCAGAGGUCGAAGUCAGGAAACGAGACGCCGAAAGAGAACGCCUAAAAGCGGAAGGAAAACUUGCCACACCGAAAGCACCUACCAGUCCUAGUCACGAUGAAUUCGGCAGCUCUGUUGACUCCCACGGCUUCCAUCACGCCGAGCGGCCGACAGCAGAGGACAUGGCAGAGAGGGAGGAAGACCGACGACUGGAGAUCCAGAAUGCUUCCGAUGAGGACGGUUUCGAGAAGGUCAACGCACCAGACUCGGCAUACGAGCUUCCAGAUGAAGUGACUUUCGAUGAUUUAAACGAGAAGAUCGAUCAGACCACACAUGGAGCACUCCCAAUGCUCGAAAGAGUGGACAAACCUAUUUCAACAUCUUUCGGAAACAGAUCGCCCAUCGAUGCAGAUGCCAUGCCCAGGCCGUUGUCGCCUAACAAGCCGGCUUCGCCGAAGAAGACAGGACUGCAUUUUGAUCCCCCGCCUACGCAAGCUGCAGACUCACCCACUACCGCCGGAGUUACCGACAGGAUUGAGAACCUUGGUGUCGACGAGGACACGGUAAUGUCUGAGUUCGGCGAAGAGCCGACGAAUGAGGAUGACGACGGGCCGUCAGAGCUUGAACGAGAGCUGGCGCGUUCUGCGGAAAAACCUGCGCCUCUAAACUUUGCAAAGAAGGAUACCUCAGCGUCCAGCGAACCACAGGUCACGCAAACCGAAAUCACUGAACCGAAAGACAUUGGCGAAAGCGUAGCCACACUGCAAGGCCAGGAUGCCUCGACCAAUGGCGAGCGUGCGGCAUACGACACUGAGCAUGACGGUAAACCAGUUGUUGGCGACUUCCUGAAGAUGCAGUUCGUCGAGAAUCACGUUGUGCCAACCAUUCUUGACUUCUUUUUCCGAUUUCCAUGGAACAACUUUUUACACAAUGUGGUAUAUGAUGUUGUACAACAAGUUUUCAACGGUAGCCUGGACCGAGGGUACAACCGCACCGUCGCCUUUAAUCUUUUCCAACAUGUUGAGCCGAAGGAUGGGAAGCCGACCCAAGAAAUCGGCCUCGCCUCAGGCAAAGACAUUACGCACCGCAUCUUGGAUGGUCAAAAAGCCUCGGAUGAAUCUCAGAAGAACAAAGGGAUGCGACUGGGAUAUAUGGGGCACCUGACGCUCAUAGCGGAAGAGGUGGUGAAAUUUGCUAACAGGCAUCCACCCGAAGCUUUGGACCAGAACAUACGGGACCGAGUCAGCAGGGAAGAGUGGCUGCAAUAUGUUGAAGGUACACUGGCUGAGACACGAGACAAAGACAACGCAGUGCUGGGAGGCGUACGACCGGAGAAUGCGAUUGGCGUGCGAGCCAUGGGUGGCAUGGGCGGAUUCUCCUCGAACACUUCGAACACACUCGCGAGCGCGGGUCUCGGCAACGAUUCGAUACCCCAAGAUACUCUGGCACUUCAAGAAGGGCCCGUGGGGCAGUCCUUCGAAAUCAACUCCGGAGUCAGCGGCUUUGGCGAUGGCAGCGACGAUGACGAGGAAAUGGAAGAUGAAGCAGUUGUUCGCGAACGGGAGCGGAGGGCGGCGUUUGCGGAAGACGAACAGGUCGGUGAGCUUUCGUUUGAUGUUGACAUGGACUACCGAUAA